AUGAGUUUACCAACAAACUUUGACAUUCUAAGGACUAUUCAAGAGGAACAUAAAGAAGCUUAUAAUAAAAAUAAACCAUUAAAUAAAGACGAAUCUUGUGUUCUCUACAAUCCUGUCAAGCAAAAAGUAAACAAAACCUUUAAAAACUUUUGGAAUUAUCAUGAAAAUGCACAUAACAGUGAGAAAACUUCUAAAGCUGCUAUAGCUCUUUUAUACUGUAUAAAUUAUACCUUAUAUUCAUCUGAUUUAACAACUGUAUUACAGCAUUUAUUAUUAAUUACACAUCAUACUAA